AUGGGUGAUGCACACGGGACCAGCGACACCAUCGUCGCUCCCCCUUCCCAACUUCACAAAGUCCAAAAAAUCAUCAGAGCCAAAUUCAUGGAGAUCAUUCGACUCCAACGGCCAAGCCGCCCAUCACCGUCUAUUCCGAUAUUCCCGUGCGAAGCCAGUGACAUCACAUCCCAGAACUCCGAGCCGACAACCACCAACCAAGUUGUGCUAUUGCAGAAGCGUGAGCAGGGUGACACCAGCGAGAUCACGUCACAAGAAUCCCUGCAGAUAACCAACGACCGAUUGACGCUGUUACGGAAGCAUGGCGAAGGAAACACCAGCGACAUCACACUACAGGAGGCCGCCCAGCCAAUCAACGAUCAAGUGACGCUCGUUAAUAAGCGUGGCCGAUUCAGACUGCACCAUCAACAGCAAUACAAAAACAGCUUGCUUGCUGGCGUUGGAUACCUUGAGCUUGCCAACGCUGGCGACUUCGCUGCAAAUGUCUGGAAUGAGAUUCCUGUUCCGAAGUUUGCAGCGGUAUUGAUGGGACUGGGUGGCAUACUUGCUUUGGGGAUGGUAGUCGUUGCUGUGCGUGACCUUCUACUGAGCUGGAAAAACAUCAAGCUCCUGCGGGUGGAAAGGGCUCAUCUACAAAGCCUCCAGGAAUCACACAAGAAUGACACGGAGAUGGUUCAGCUCAUUGAAAAUCGCCUUGGAGUUGGGGCACGUGAGAUUGGCACUGAGCUGGUGGACCGCCUCGUGAUGGACGCAUUCAUGGGAUUUGGCUCGCUAUUGGUCGGCAUUGGCACUCUGAUGGCCAUCGGUGGCGCCAAUCCCCGCGUCUACAAAACCAGCAAUCUGCUUUCUGGGUACAUCGGGAAUGGUCUAGCUGCUGCCUUUGGUGUAGCAAAUGCCGUUUGGUCGGGAUAUCUUGUCCGUCGGUUUCAUUUGCACCAUGCCGCCGUCUUUGCCCUGGAGACAAAUGAUACAAUCCGUCGUCGCCUGCAUACACGUUUCCGUCGUUUCCAAUGGCAUGCUGGGAUCAAUGGUGUAAAUGGUCUUGUGGCUGGUGCCGCUUCAAUGGUCACAGCCGAGCGCUGGUGGGGAUAUGUUGUGUUAAUCCCGUGUAUCAUCAUCCUGAUUGUGUGCAACUACUUCUGGCGGAAGAAGCUGGGCUAUGACCGCCCACUUGUCGGACUUACAAGGUCAAUUGAGAAACAGUCAACGCUGCUCUUUGAAGAGUUGCAACAAGUGAUCAUGAUGCAGAGUACUUUCGCUGAGCUGGAACCCUCCCUGCCACAAGCGCAAUUCCGACGCGAUUAUUUGGAUUCAAUCCUUCGCCUGAUUGUCGAUAACAACAUGUUUGAAUCAUUCUGCGAGUCUCUCGCCCAUGAUAAACGCACUCAGCCCUUGUUCAACAAGCUUCAAUGCUUGAGUCUUUGUCCUCAGCAAAUCACCAUCUCCCACCAGGCCAUCUUCUGGCUCCCCACCACCGAUUUGAUCAUCGUUCUGCAGCAUGCGCAGAUAUUUUUGCAAAGAGAGGGUGUGGCCAUUCUCAUAUACCGUGAAAGAUACCUGCUUGAACUCCUGGGUUACGCUAUCUGGCAGGAUCACCAAAAGGCCGCCACUGCGUGA